CCAUGAGUCACGCAGAAAGGAAUGCUGGCUUCCACAUGACUGUGCGCACACAGGAGAGCAGCACUUGGAACGUGACCCCGGGGCAAACUUGAACAUGAAUGUUUUGAGAUCAGCGCGUCGAAAGGAACCAAGUUUGAAUUUCAGAGCCUCUCUUCUUGUGUUGGUUUUCACUGGCGGCACGGUGGAUCAGCUGGAAAAGCCUCACAGUUCCGAGGACCCGGGUUCGAUCCCGGCCCCGCCUGUGUGGAGUUUUGUCUGUUCUCCCCGUUCCUACGUGGCUUUUCUCCGGGUGGGCACUCCGGUUUCCUCCCGCAUCCCAAAAACACGCAACAUUAAUUGGACACUAAAUUGCCCCUAGGUGUGAUUGUGAGAGCGAAUGGUUGUUCGUCUGUAUGUGCCCUGCGAUUGGGUGGCGACCAGUUCAGGGUGUACCCCGCCUCCUGCUCGUUGACAGCUGGUAUAGGCUCCAGCAUUUCCACGACCUUUGUGAGGAUAAGCGGCAAAGAAAACGGAUGGAUGGAUGGAUAGACAAAGUUUCAUUGAACAAUCUAUCAAUAUCAAAUACGAUAUAAAUAUGAGAAUAUGCAAUAAUUUAAUGCUCCUGUUAUUUGAAAUUUUCGUUUUUGUCGAAUUAUUUUGGCAGAAACGUCGACAAAACAACGGUCCUUAUUAUUCCUAACCGAUUCGCUAGCUUUGCUCAAACACGAGUCACUAUUUAAUUACUAAAAAGUCAAACAUAAACCCGGGAAGUUUAUGUAAGCGAGUGACUGACCUCUGAUCAGCCAACAAGCGAGCAUCUGAACCGAGUCAGCGGAAAGUCAAGCUCAAACGUUCGUCAGCGUUUUUACCCCUUUCCUUGAGCAUUGGCGGCGUUUCAACGUUUUCAAGUCAAAUAAUUAAAACAAAUAAAUACAAUAGAACUACAUACCUUAGGGGAAUAAAGGUGCGAGACUUGCAGUCAUUUCUUUUCUGCCCAUUUUUUUUCGACCCCGCAUUUUUGUUCAGGCAUAUUGGGCUGGAGUCCGUGAACUUGGUUCAAUGCGGCAAGGACCCUAAUUUUCUUCAGGCAACGUUCAUAGGACAGACUUUACAAUUGAUUGCAAAUAUGUAUUUGCCGCGCUGAAGUUUCCAAACAAUUGUCGAACUUCCGUCCUUGUUUUGCCAUUUAACUCAUAUAUAAUCUCCAAAGGUUUUAUUCUGGUUGCUAUCAGUCCAACGAGUUACAUUUACGUGCGUCUAAUUUUUGCCCAAUUCAGAUUUAUCAUCUUUUUCCCUGCCUAGAUAAUUUAUUCAAGAUGAAUGAAGCUAGAAGAGCUAACAAAGAUGGCUACGUGCACAUGAACGAAUGGGAAGCAUCACAGUUGUGCGUUUUUAACAUCAGUUGGCUUAACAAAGAACAUUUAAGUUCUGUAUUGGAGUUUCCCAGUGACGAGCACAACGAGGCUGACUCCAUUCCCCAGCCCUUCAUGGCUGCUCCCAGACACGCAGAAUCACCACGGGACGCGCUGAGAUCCACGAGGCCCGCCUGCCCUGAUCCCGUCAGCGCCGCCGCUCACCUCCACCUUCUCGGAGAAGCCUUGUCCCUGAUUGGACGUCAUCUGAAGGGGACAAACGUGCCUUGCGAUUGGCUGGCGACCAGUUCAGGAUGUGCCCCGCCUCCUGCCCGAUGACGCCUGGGAUUGGCACCAGCACUCCCGUAACCCUCUUGAGGAUAAGGGACUCAGAAAAUGGAUGGGUGAAGGGCUGCACGGAGAAGAAAAUGGAUGCGAUCUUCAUUGAAGAUUCAAAACUGUUCAUAUGUAUCAAUGUGAAAAUGUUUUCUUCUACAAGUCCUGUGAUUUGCUGUCACCAGUCUAGCGUGGACCCCAUUUGACGGUGAAAAUAUCAGUCAUCGUGGCUCUGUUGUCCGGAUUUUGGGUGACCGUGGUUGAGCUGGUGGAGCGGCUUUUCUGGGGACGACAAGGACUGCAGGUCACAGAGCACCGGAGCCGAUCCGAGCCGACUUCGGGCGAAAGGUGGACUACACCCAGAACUGGUCAGCAGUCAAUCGCAGGGCACAUGUAGACCCUGUCACUGAGAGGGACCUGAACCCACGUAGCUUGUACCAAAGUCAGGCAAGUGUACCGCUACACCAUCAGCGACCCUAUAUAAUCAAAUAAUAACCUAAUAUGCCUCUUGUUUUUAAUCACCUGAAUGAAAAUUUGAUUUUGAAAUUGUGUCUAACAAAGGAACAUGACCUCUGAUCUUCCCAUCAAGCAUUCAAAAAAUGCAUACAAGAUGUUAUUCUUAUGGAAUCCAGAUAGGACCCGCCUUUUCCUGUUUCAACUUCAAACAUGUACACAGCAGCAUGUGCUUGGAACAAUCAAAAAAUAGCCAUGCAGUUAGUUUGGCUGUUUUCUGGGUGUGGCGAAAGCGCCCGGGGACGGGCCGCCCUCCUCCGCCCCGCCGAGGAAUGCUGAACAGCCCCGCAGACUGUGGAACCUGUUCUCCGCACAAGAACAUACUAGUGCACGCCGUCCACACGGGGAGUGGUGAGAUGGCUAACGUGUGACUCUUCCGUUACGCAAGCUGUGACCCGCGAGUCCAAUCGCUGCGGAUGAGACUCGGACGCACUAAGCACCAGCGCGUCUGAAGCGAGGUGAAGAAGCUUUGGAGAGCUCGCGUUUAGCCAUGUACCCCCACACGCAGCACUACGGCUCGACGCCCCCGGAGCUGAGGCUGCUGCUGCUGGGCAACAUCGGAUGCGGCAAGACGUCGUCGGCCGACACCAUCCUCAGCCAGGCGACCGACGCGUCCGCGGCCACGCCCCGGAGCAUCCAGCUGCGCAAGGACUUCGCCGAGGGCAGGGUGGUGACCCUGGCGGAGGCCCCCAGGUGGUACUGGAACGGCCGGCAAAUGGACGAGAGCGUCAAGAAGGAGACGGAGCGAGCCAUGACGCUGCUGGCGCCGGGUCCGCACGCGAUUCUGCUGCUGGUGCCCGUCAACCAGUUCACAGAGAUGGAUGGCCAAGUGCCCGCCCAGCUGCAACAGGUGUUCGGAAAAGAAGUGCUGCAGCACACCAUCGUGCUGCUGACCUGCGGCGAUUAUCUCAUGGGAAGAAGUGUGGAAGAAUACCUUCUGAAGGAGAAUCCGGGUCUGAGGCAGAUGAUCGGGCUUUGCGGGGGCCGCCACCAUGUCAUCAAUAACCGUCAGCGGCAGGACCGGGUGCAGGUUCGCGAGCUUCUGGACAAGGUGGAGGACAUGGCGAGCACAAGUGGGGCGUUCGCCCUCAAAACCAGGGAGGAGCGGGACAUGGAGGAACGCGUGCAGCAGCGCAAGAGAGAGCUGAUGGAGAGCUUCCGAAAGCAGACGGAAGAGAAAAGGGAAGCUCUGGCAUCCAGACACGCGUCGAACGCGGACACGCCGAGCAAUGUCGAGAGACCGGAGUCGUACAGAGAUUCCUGGGUGAGGAGGGGAGAAGUCGAGCUGGACGCCGUCAACGGGGGAGUUGCCGAUGUGCUCCGCUCCAGUCCGCCACCUUCGACGGCAGCCGGGUGGCAGUCGGGCCGCAACGAUGACCAGCGCGAGAGUCGCUCCUUUAGACUGAAUGCAGAUGGAGCCAGACUUUCACAAAUGAUCGAGGAGAGAACCUCGCCCAAAGUCGUUUCCACACUUCAUCACAGAAUCAACAGCUUUGAGGAGAACACCCCCGAGGUCUCCCCGAGCCCCUCCCCUGAACCCCCGGCCUCGGUGUACGACCCCUCCACGCCAAACCUCGCCCCGUACCCCGCCACACCCGCCGUAUCCUCUCCGUCCUCUCCGGAGCUGCGUCUGGUGCUGAUCGGACGAUCCGGGGCGGGGAAAAGCGCGGCCGGCAACGCCAUCCUGGGGCGGGAUGACUUCGAGUCCAGGCCGGAGAGUCUGGUCGCCAUCACUCAGGAGUGCGUCAAGAAGAAAGCAGCGGUUGCCGGAAGAAGGGUAGCGGUCGUGGACACCCCGGACUGGUUCCACUCUGAGCGGACUCCAGAUGAGGUCCGAGCUCAGAUCUCCUCCUGCGUGGCCCUGUCCGCCCCGGGACCCCACGCCUUCCUCCUGUGCGUCCCGACGGACCAGCCGGCCAAGACGGAGCUGCGGGCCCUCAGCGCCCUCGAGUCGGUCUUCGGCCCGGACGUCAUCAAGAAACACACGCUGGUCCUCUUUACGCACGCCGAUCUUCUGAGGAAGAGCGGGAAGGCCGGCGGGGGCGGCGUGGAGGCGUACAUCGCCGGCCAGCGCGAUGAUUUGUUAAAACUGGUGGAGAGGUGCGGCGACCGCUUUCACGUGCUGGAAAGAGACGGCCGCGGCAGGAAUGUGGAGGAGCUUCUGGAGAAGGUGGAGCAGAUAGCGGCCGAGGCCGGGGGCCAGUGUUACUCCAGCCCCGCUUUCCUAGAGGCCGAGAACCGAGUCCGGGAGAUACAGGCCGAGAUCACGAGGGAGAGGAGACGGAAGCAGCAGGAGGAAGAGCAGUUUCGGGGCGAGAGGCGCUCCCUCUACCCUUACAUGCAGACCGUGGCCGAGGCCGAAGAGGAAGUGAGAGAGGAAGAGGUCGAGAGAACCCGAGCCGAGGCCGAGAGGAGCGUCAGCGCCAUGAACAUUGAGAGCCUCCCGCCCAUUGCGACCAUGGCCGGCGCUUCGCCUUCGGUGUUCGAGUCCGUCGUGGAGAAAGUGCAGUCCAACGCCAAGAUGCUGCCCAAGCUGUUGUCCGACAGCUCGGUGUGGGUCAGCGACGGCGCCAAGAAAAUGAUGAGCAGUCCGGUGUGGGGCUCGGUGGGGAGCGCAGGGAAGAAGGUCCAGAAGACCGCGGGCGCCCGAGCCGAAGACCUCUCCAAGAUAGCGGGAGACCGACUCCCCAAGGCGGUGGGGGACAGCUCGGCCUGGGUCGGGACCGGAAGCCGCGAGGCAGCGGCGGCGAGUCCCUUGUGGGGGAAAGUGGGCUCCGGGGCCAAAGUAGCGGCGAACGGGAUCGGAACCGGAGCGAAGGCUGUGGCCCAGAGUCCCGUGUGGGGGAAGGUUGGUUCCGGGGUCAAAUCCGGCGCCAAACUGAUGGCCGACGGUUCGGUGCGCCUCGGAGCUGGACUGGGUGCAGGAGCAAAGAAGGUGGCCCAGAGCCCGGUGUGGGGGCAAGUGGGCUCCGGCGCCAAAGCGGGCGCCAAAAUGGUCAGCGAGAGCUCCGUGUGGCAGAAAAUGCUGACAAACGCCAAAAAGGUGCCGAAGGUCGUCAUCCUGGGCGCGUUGCUGGGGUUGGCGCUGGGGGUAUCCCUGGCGGGGGCCAUCGGCGGAGCCGCGGGGGCCGUCGUCGGUUCUGCCCUCACCGAGGUGGGCAGGCGAAAGUUGGCCAAGAAAAAUGCGCCAGAAAAGCUUGCGAGUAACGUUGAUACCGUGGAUGCGCUGGUGAAGCGAGGAGAGAAAGUGAUGAAAAGAGAAUGAAAGACACGUCGGAUCAUGUACAGACUGGGAGGUGGCCAGUCUGCCACCCACGCCUUAAGUGGCCAUCUUCACUGCUUCAUCCCCAUCUGAACGCCACCUCCAUCACAAUCAUAAAAAGCAACAGCGUGACCUAAUUGUGCCGUUCAGAAUCAAUAUUUAUUAUUCAUUAAGAAAACAAGUGUAAAUAAAAUAUUCACCAGAGGAUUAUUAUAUGGAUUCAUGUGUGCUUAUCGCGCUUGCGGAAGCUGUGCUGGACCAGGUUUUGCAUUGACCGGCUAAUCAGAGGACAGAAAAAGUGCUGACAUCGGCAGCGCUCCGGAUUUGAAAUCUGAUUGGUGAAUGAAACGCAUCGGCAAGCGCGACCCACUCCGAAGGACUCUGGCGGCUUUGAUUGACGGGGGGGCAAAAACAACUACCGACACAUACUGGAAGAGAAACGCUACAUAAUGAAAAGAAUGCUUUGAUAUAAAUUCAUACAGUUUCAUGAAUGUUGAGAAGUUGUGGUUUUGGGUCUUCCACACGUGCUGCACGUUUAUACUCAGGUUAAGCGCUUUUAAAACGGGUGCUCGUCUUCAGUGACUACAUUCGUUGCUCGAUCGCGUGGCUGCUUCGCAGACCUCGGGUUGUAGGUUCGAAUCCUGGCUUUGUCCUUCCUGUGUUGGAGUUUGGACGUUUUCUUCCACAUUCCGAAAAAAAAAGAUGCAAUUUGGAUUAAACGAAGACGAAAUUGCCUCCACCGGAAGAAAAUAAAUGCAAAGGAAGUGGUUGCCAUAUUUCACCGAUACACAAUUCAUGUCUAGAUGUGUGCAGUGGAAAUUUCCACUUGUCAUUUGUGUACAUCUGCGCUUGAUUACAAUGCAAAUAAAAAUAUUGGAAUACGACAUGCUCGUCUGUCGCGGUCUCUUUCACAAUUGGUGAUCAAUUUUUUUUUUUUUUAAUGUAAAUUUUAACUACUGCAAUCCUGAAAAUGGAAGCGUUUGCUUUUC